UGCAGGAAGAUCUUUGGUCUCCUCCACAGUUCCAAGAUCAGCCUCGGCUGCUUUAGUCUCUGCACUUACUUCUGUCCGCAAAGUACAAGCGAGCGGGGGUCAAUCAUCGUUACGCGAUUACGCGCACGUCCGAUGUGUGCUCACAGUGCGUGCGUGCUGAACUGACAGUCUUAUGCAAGCCACCCUACACAGAGACACGAUGUCCGACGCUGCUUCUCCAGCAGGUAACAACGGGGACCCUGCACUAAACGGGUCAUGGGUGGAACUGGAGAUGAAUAGAAGUGGAGGUGCCGCCCCCCCUCCUCCUCCCUCCACCACCUCCACCUCCUCCUCCACCUCCUCCACCUCCACCUCCACCUCCACCUCCUCAGGGCCUGUUGCGGUGCCGGGCCCGGUGCUGCCGCAGGUGGUGGAGGAGGAGGAGGAUGGGGUGGUGGGGGGGCUGGAGCACGUGCCGUCGUCCUCCUCCAUCCACAACGGGGACAUGGAGAAGAUCCUGCUGGACGCUCAGCACGAGUCCAGCCGCAGCAACUCCUCCUGUGACAGUCCUCCAAGGCCCCACACUCCCCUGGACGAAGGCCAGAUCAUAUUUGAUGCGGACAACAGGAGAGAUAGUCAGUCGGAGGUGGACAUUCUGGAGAGGGAGCGUGAGGAGGACAUCCUUAUGAAGGACUCUGAUUGGGUGGCAGACUGGUCCAGUCGACCAGAAAACGUUCCACCCAAAGAGUUCCACUUCCGUCACCCGCGGCGCUCCUUGACGUUGAGCAUGAGGAAGACUGGAGUGAUGAAGAAAGGCGGAAUCUUCUCUGCUGAAUUCCUCAAAGUGUUUAUCCCCUCACUGCUCAUCUCCCACAUACUGGCCCUCGGAAUAGGGGUGUACAUUGGGAAAAGGCUGACUACGCCUCCCGCCAGCUCCUUUUGAUUGACAGCUGACUAAAGUGCCUGGGGCCCUGCCCAUUGAGGCCGGGGGGGAUUUGGGGAAGGGGAGUCAAAUGUUGCAGUUUGUACAAAGGAGCGCCCCUCCCUCUCUCCGCCUUCCCUCCCUCUCUCCCCCCACACACCUUUUUUUACCCCCCUUUUUUCCCCCUGACCCUCAUCCCUCUCUCCCCUCCUCCUCUCCCCUCCUCCUCUCCUCCUCUCUGCGGCCCACCUGCCAUAUAUGUUCAGGCCAGAGAAGUGCCAUGUUUUUUGGAGAAGAGAAGCCCGUUUUUUUCCCCCAUUUUUGUUUUCUUUUCCCUCUCCCGGCUGUUGGUCUGAUUGAGAAGGAGACGAAGGGCGUCCUGUGAAAGAUGAAAGGAAGACGGAUGCCGUGGAAGCCAAAUAGCUGUGAGCGGUGGCUCGAGUUCCUGCCGUGACUUUGUGGAAGACGAGAGUCGUGUCUGUCCAGUCGUGUCAGCUCGUUAGCAGAGAAGCAAGUUCAAGAUGUGCUCACACACACUCUCUCUCUCUCUCUCUCACUCUCUCUCACACACACACACACAUACACUCUCACACACAACUUAUUCCUGCAUCCUGAAUGGAAACUCACCCCAAAAAUCUGGAAAUGUGAAAAUGCAUUUUUGUUCCAGAUGACUUUAAGUGCAUGUUACUCUAAGUUUCAGUUCAUAUGUAGUUAUGUUUUUCAGUUAAGGCCCAGAACAGUGGUUUUGGAGAGCUUGUUUGCUGUGUGUGUGUGUGUGUGUUCAGGGCAGUGACUUUUGGAAAGCUUUUGUGUGUUUGGACAUAGUAGAGGAUUCAGUGGCCUGAGAGGACAUGAGAAAUGGAGACCAGCUUGGUCCUCCGUCACAUAUACAGACAGACACACCCACAUGCACACACACACACACACACACACACACACAGACACACACAUGCACACACACACAGACACACACACACGCACACACACACAUGUGCACACAGACAGACAUGCAGACACACUCACAUCACACACACACACACACACACACACAUCUCACCCUACACUGUUUCUAAGUACCUUCUUUGCUAAUGUCCCUUGUCUUAUCUUUUAACAAGAAGAGAAAUGCAUGAUGGGAACAAAUGCCUGCUCUGUGAGUUGUCAUGGAAACGGCACGCCAAGCCGACCCGUGUGGGCUGUGUGUGGCAGUGGUGGUGUUAUUAGGGCACUGCACCCGAUGGCUUCAAGUUGGCAUUCACCCACGCUUGUCUUUUUUUUUUUUUUUUAAAUCGUCAUAUCAUAUCAUGCCAGGCCAGACAGGUGCGGUCAUGGCCAGGCAGGUGCGGUCAUGGCCAGGUGAAAAGGACGCGGUCAGAGUGACCUCCUGACUCGUUGGAACUCUGUGUUGCUUGUUGUUGUUGUGGUAGUUUACGUGCUCAGAGAUGAGUUUCUCUGCUUGUGUCCUUGUUUGCGUGUGAGGUUCCCCCCACCCCACCCCACCGCCCCCCACGCCACACUCCCAUGAUGCACUUGGUGUGGGUGGUGUGAUGCGAGGAUGCAAACACCGGUUGACCCAUGACCCUCUCUCUGAGGAUCAUUCAUGCACACACACACACACACACACACAAACACCUGUUGGACCCCACUCCCCACCUAGCGUAGCAUGCAGUAGCCACGAACAUCAUGGGUUUCAUUCCUAACUGAGACCUCACAAACAUCAUGGGUUUCAUUCCCAACUGCCACCCUUGCACCCUUGAGCACUGGACCCUAAGCUGCUCCAGGGAGACUGGUCCUUGCAUGUGGCGAUUCUGCAAAUGGCUUUGGAACUAGGCACCAGAUAAAUGCGUAGAUACAUACAUUUAUUUCUCUCUUCAUCGCCUGCAGAAGACCCCUGUGCCUGUGUAGUACAGCCUUGCAGCUUUUUAUUCUCAUCAUAGUGUCUCAAAGUGCAUGAGUGAAGGGGGCAUAGAGCUAUCGUAGUGUCUCAAAGUGCAUGAAAAUGGAGGGGGCAUAGAGCUAUCGUAGUGUAUCAUAGUAUCUCAUAGUGGUUUACUAGAUGGGUGUUAGAUCUGACAUAGUGUCCCCUAGUGCAUGAGUGGAGGGGUCAUAUAGCUAUCAUAGUGUAUCAUAGUGUCUCGUAGUGCAUAGAGGUGGGGUUGGGCGCAAGAUGUUUCUGGUGCCACACAGUCAGGGUUGAGUUCUCUUGGCUGCCGGGAAAACAAGGUGUAAAAACAGCAUUUAGCAUUUUGCAUUUCUUCAUUCUCCUCAGAGUGUUGUGUUAAGUGUUUGGACUUUUGUUGUUGGUUUUUCUUUUUUUCUUUUUUCUUUUUUUCUUUUUGUUGUGUGUUUGUUUUCCUCUUGUGUUUGGAGACUCAGAAGCUACUCAGAACGAACUGAACGCACAGAGGAAGUGGCUCAGGACUGCUCGGAGGUGAAACCAACAGCGGUGUGUUUUAGAUGGAUCUGCAGCUGGAAUGAAGUGGGAGGAGGGCAAAGACAGACAUGGAUUUACAGGAUUUGUAAAAUAAAAAUAUAUAUAGUACUUGUUUUUUAUUUAAUUUUUUUCCAUCCCUGAUUGGACAAUUGAACAGAUUUUAUCAAUAAAAAUUUAAGAACAAACUGCUCCUAA